GUAUCGGAAAAAAGAAGGAUGUGAGAGAAUGUAUGGUAAAUUGUCCAAGGCAUAGGAAAAUCCGCCUACAACCUGCAACCGUGUGUACCGAAAUCACACUGCCGAAAAAACAUUAAUCCCAGUUGUGGAUAGGACGCUCUGGCAUGUAUGCGGUUGUGUUCCUGUCUUGCUUUUGUCUACUUUUCUCCCUUGACAUCUUCAUAGCAGCCUGCCGUCAUCGGAUCCGUCUGAAAGAUGUGAGCACGCUUACUUUCCAACAUGGAAAGUACACUCGAAGCCGACACGGCAACCGAAUACCUGCAUUAGAAUGUGUUGGAGGAAGCGCUUUUAAGCAUACUCAAUUCCACCCAUCUACUGUUCAAUGUUAUAAUCGUGGAUUCGACGGAGGAAAUGUUAACUGGGAGUGUCAAGCUCAGCUUGACAAGGCCGUUCGAUUUGGUGCGCUGACGGUCAAUUGCGAGGGGUAUGAUUACCCUGACGAUGACUACGUGACGUAUGGAUCAUGUGGGUUGCAGUAUGAACUUGCGUUCACGGGACACAAGCCUUCUCAUGGAUUCAACAUCAGACGCUCUUUCACCACAACUUGGCUACCUCCACUCUUCUCACCAUGUAUACUCAUAGCCGGUUUGAUCCUGGUCGCCAUUGUCAUAUGGCACUUCUGUCUCCGGAAUUCUGUCGA